UUAGGUAUAUUUAAGAUGGGAGGAUUUGGAUCUGGAUCCAAUCUCGCCCCCUGGAUCUUGUGUUCUGCAGUGAGGACCAUUUUGUCUUUUGGGUACUUACAGUAGUUUUUUUUUGUGAACAUAAUUGUGUACUGUAUAUAUGAAGGAACAUAAGUCUCACCUGUUAACAAGCUUUACAGUUUAAGCAUGUGUUCUUAUAAAUGUUAAAAGUUACUUUAAUUAAAAUACACUGGACGUUUAACCCAGUCGGUGGAAUUGUCAGACGGUCCCUUACGCAUGAAGCGCUGCGAUAGCGCGUCAAAGCUUUCUCUAGUAAGCUACAUAAAAUCAGAUAUUGAACCUGCCAACAAUAAUUUAAAAAAAAUCCACUAUGGACCUGCUGCGUGUUUACGAGUGGGUCGAUAUCAAGACUACUUUGAUAUUUUUGUUUGUGUUUCUAUUGCUGAGUGAUUAUGUCAGAAAUAAAGCUCCGAAGAACUUUCCUCCUGGACCAUGGUCUUUACCGAUUAUUGGACACCUUCAUCAUAUCGAUCAUACGAAGAUUCAUCUGCAGUUGGCAAAGUUUGCAGAAAGAUAUGGAGACGUUUUAAGCAUUCGAUUUUUCGGACUAAGAAUUGUUGUGUUGAACGGGUACAAAAGAGUGAAGGAAAUGUAUGUACAACAAGGCGAAAUCCUCGUGGAUCGACCCAUGUUACCAAUGAUUUAUGACAUCUUUGGAGACAAAGGUUUAGGUGGCUCCAGUGGGUAUAAAUGGAAGCAACAGAGGAGAUUUGCACUCUCAACUCUUCGAAACUUUGGAUUGGGAAAGAAAAGUCUGGAGCCGUCCAUCCAUCUUGAAUGUACAUUUCUGAAUGAGGCCAUUUCAAAUGAGCACAGUCGACCCUUUGAUCCUCGCUUACUGCUGAACAACUCUGUCUCAAAUGUGAUCUGUGUGCUUGUGUUUGGUCAUCGAUUUGAGUACAGUGACAAUGACUUCCAGUCUCUGCUGAAGAACAUCAAUGAGGCUAUGUAUUUGGAAGGAAGCUUCAGUGUUCAACUUUAUAACAUGUUCCCAUCACUUAUGCGGCGAGUGCCUGGACCGCACAAGAAAAUGUUUACUCUGUGGCAGGAGGUGAUUGACUUUGUUCAAGAGAAGGUGAAUCUACACAGAGUGGAUUAUGAUCAAUCAAAUCUUCGAGACUACAUUGACUGCUUUCUUGCUGAGAUGGAAAAACUUAAAGACGACACAGCCGCUGGGUUUGAUGUGGAGAACUUGUGCAUCUGUAGUCUGGAUCUGUUUGUAGCGGGAACUGAGACAACCUCCACCACUCUCUACUGGGGUCUUCUCUACAUGAUGAAAUAUCCUGAGAUACAAACCAAAGUUCAGGAGGAGAUUGAUCGUGUUGUGGGAGGGUCACGACAGCCAUCUUUAUCAGACAAGGACAACAUGCCCUACACCAAUGCUGUCAUUCAUGAAAUACAGAGGAUUGGAAAUAUUGUCCCUUUAAAUUUGCCCCGGGCUACUGUGGAAGAUACUCAGAUAGGAACAUACUUUAUUCCAAAGGGCACAGCUGUGAUCGGCAGUUUGACAUCAGUGCUGUUUGAUGAGUCUGAGUGGGAGACGCCUCACUCUUUCAACCCGGGUCACUUCCUGGAUGCCGAGGGCAAAUUCAGGAGGAGAGAUGCCUUUUUACCUUUUUCUCUAGGAAAGAGAGUGUGUCUUGGGGAGCAACUGGCACGGAUGGAGCUGUUCCUCUUUUUCUCCUCUCUGCUGCAGCGCUUCACUUUCUCUUCACCAGCGGGUGUGGAGCCCAGCUUAGAUUACAAACUGGGGACCACUCGAUGUCCCCAACCAUAUAAAUUAUGUGCAGUGUCACGUUAAGUCAGGGGUGCCCAAACUUGGUCCGGAGGGCCAGUGUCCUGGAUAGUUUAGCUCCAACAUUUACCUGAACACAUCUGCCUGAAAGUUAUACUUUAUAGUAUGAAAGACCUAAAUUAGCUGGAUCAGGUGCAUUUAAUCAAAGACUAUAGAAAUACAAAGACGGUUCACUCCUAUACUUAUGAAUGGGAGAAACUGCAACCCGCAAUAUGGCGGGAUAGUCCCGCCUUCUAAAUGAAAGAAUCAGUUGUUGAUUGGUAAAUCAUUGCGUCACUGCAGCAGCCGUUAGAAGCUCCAGUUCCCAUAGAAACCGGAGGCUAGCAGCCGAUGCGCAUGCGCAAAUUGCGCAGUCAUAAGCGCGUUGGAACUACGCAUGUGCAUUGGCUGGUCUAACCUGAAAAAUAAGCUUUUUAAAUGCUAUUUGAGCAUAAGAAACAACAUUCCUGGGGCAGUUCAUUUCAGAUUUUGUUGCUGACUUGAAAUAUGUUAUUUAAUCGCAAGUUCAGUGAGCAGUUUUUGAGAUUUCAGGAUUCCCCCGUUAAUUUAGAUAGGACUUGGUCUAUGUUUGAGCUGUCCGGAGGCAUUGCAAAUAUGGCGGCCGAAUGAACAGACUUUCCUUGAAAGGGACUUUGGUUUAAUUAGGGUUGGGGCUAAACUCUGCAGGACAGUGGCCCUCCAGGACCGAGACUGGACACCUACGUAUUUAGAAAAGCAAUUCAAACAAAUAUGUGUUUAUGUAUUGCUUAUGUAUACACUGUAUGUGUGUGUGUAUAUAUAUAUAUAUAUAUAUAUACACAUGUGGUCAGAAUUGUUGGUACCUUUGGUAAAUAUGAUCAAAGGUCAGGGAACUGAAAUGGCCGUAGCAGAAGCUUGGUUUUGUGCCCAGUGACCCAUUUUUGUGUUGUUUUUUAAGGUUUGUUUUUGGAUUAUUGUCCGGUUGGAAGAUCCAAACAUGGCCCAUUAUAAGAUUUCAGGAGUCAGUCACUUAUUGAUUUUUUUAUCUGUUGGUAUUUGAUAGAAUCAGUGAUGCCAUGUGUCUGUAUCCCUGUGUUCACCAAACCAAUCUUGAGUGUUUGCUGCUAAAAAGCUAAAUAUUUAGUUACAUCUGAUCAUAGAAGCCAGUCCCAUUUGAAGUUCCAGUCGUGUCUGAUAACUGAAUAUGCUGGAGAUUGUUCUUUGGUGAAAGCAUUUUCUUUUCUUGAUUUUUUUUUUCUUGAAACCCUCCCAAACAACAUGUGGUGAUGUAGGUGAUGUUUAAUAAUAAUAAUAAUAAUUCAUUUUAUUUGUGGGCGCCUUUCAAGACACUCAAGGACACCUUACAAUAAUAAAAUACACAAUUAAACAAAGGGAAAAAACAACAACACAAACAAUAAUACAAAAAAAAUCAAUACACAAUAACCUAAAUAAAAUCACUCAGGAUAGGCUAAUCUAAAAAAAUGAGUUUUAAGGCACGAUUUAAAAAUUGAAAGACUAAGACUAUUACGUGUUUGAUCCUUGGAGAGUCUUUAGCCACUCAAACUCUCCUUCUCACCGUGAAUUAGGACGAUAUAGACACAUGUCCUCUUCCAGGCAGAUUCAUAACAUUUUCUGUUGAUUGGAAAUAGGAAUUUUCACUGCUCUAGCUAUUUUCUUAAAGCCACUUUUUAAUUUGAGAAGCUCAAUUAUCUUUUGCUGCACAUCAGAAAUAUAUUCUUUGGUUUUUCUCAUUGUGGAGUUGAACUCUGCAGGACUGCGGCUCUCUAGGACCAGAGUUUGCCCCGUUGUUAUAUUUCUUUAAUUUCAAUAUACAGAAUUGACAAAAUUUCUCUACAUUGUUCCUGAAGUAGCUUUAACACUGCACAUUUUGGAUGCACUUUGAAAACUCUUAUCUGACAUGCUUAUUUUAGGUCUACUAACUAGCUGACGAGUUAAAUCAUGUGUGUUUGAUUAGUUAUUCACUUUGUGUGGUCAAAAUCACUGUUACAAGCUAUCCUAUAAAAUAAAAAGAAUAUUACUUAGAAACGCUGGCUUUCACAUUAUACUGAUAAUACAAUAGGUCAGAAUGAAUUUGUGCCAGAAUUGUGCAAGACAGCGACGAUACUUGUACAACAACAGUACUUUGUUCAUUUGCUUUACUAAGUGUCAGUCAUGGAUCUUCUGCACCUUUAUGAGUGGCUCGAUUUCAAGACUAUUUUGAAAUUUUCGUGUGUAUUUUUAUUGCUGAGUGAUUGUAUAGAAAUAAAGUGCCGAAAAACUUCCCUCCUGGACCAGAGUCUUUACCGAUUACACAUUCAUCAUAUCGAUCACACAAUAGAUUCAUCUUCAGUUUUUAAAGGUAAACAUUCCGGCUACAAUUCAUUCUCGCUGUGAAACGCAAAGACGUACCGGUUAUAGGAGCUUUAAACUGCAUUAGGCUUAUCGUAGAAUCACGAUAAUGGACAAGACAAGUGAUGUUGAUACUCAAUUCAUGAUUUUAAUUAAACAUGUUUACUAAAAACAAUGCAGAAUAAAAGUGCAACUAAAGCCUCAGAUUGCAUUGCUUGACCUCGAAUUGAAUUGCUUGGAUUAGUCAGCUGUAUACACAGCAUGUUAAUUAUUUGAAACUAUCUCUAACGUUUGUUAAUUUUCAAACCAGUUUGCAGUUUGCUGAAAAAUAUGGCAAGGUUUUCAACAUUAGGCUUUUUGGAACAAGAAUUGUUGUGUUGGAUGGAUAUAAACUUGUGAAGGAGGUGUAUAUAUCAGGGUGACAACCUUGCUGAUCGACCGAUGUUACCUUUAUUUUAUGACAUCACUGGGUACAAAGGUCAGUCUAACAUAAGAAUGUUUAACUGGUGGUUUAAAUUUUUCACCAUAAAUGGUUAGCCAUUGAUUCAUACUAAAAGUAAGCCUGACACUGGAUGUGAAUUAAUAAAUAUGUUGUUAAUCUGCUGCUUCAAAGGAACUUGCAUUCUAUGAAGGGAUUGAUCAGCAUAGAAUUUGCAUUGCAUACAAGUUGACUUUGAAAAUGAAAACUGUGAAAUAAACUUUACAUUUUUAUUUGAAUUGUGUCACUAUUAUUGCGUGAGCAUUAAUAAAAAAAAUUUGUAUAAACUGGA